UCAAACCAAACCCAUCAACGUAAGCACAGUAUCUCUCCCCGUACAUCAAAUACCCUCUCCUUCCCUUCCCCUUUCCCCUCUCUCCCUCUCUCUCAUUUCCACUAUAUAAAGGCCGUGUCUUCCCCAACUUUCUCACUCUGCCUCUUCUGGAUUUUUUUUUUCCUCCGGAGAAAGUAAUUAUCCUCUGCUUUUCUGAACUUUCAGAGGAUCUCUCUUCGAAUUACUUGAGAUACUUUCGAGGAUUUUCCCAAGUCUUGUUUCCUUUGCUAUUCGAGGUCUAUUUUCUCAAGGUUUCCUCGUAAUCUCCGGUGUUCGUGUUUGUAUUGUUGAGGAAUGGUGGUGAAGAUGAUGAGGUGGCGGCCGUGGCCGCCUCUGGUGUCUAAGAAGUACGAGGUGAGGCUGGUGGUGCGGAGUUUGGAGGGGUGCGAUCUGGUGCGGGAGGGCACAGAUAAGGGAGGGGUCUCUGCGAGAUUGGCGGUCGAGAUUAAGUGGAAGGGUCCGAAAUUGGCGCUGAGUUCGCUGAGGAGGACGGCCGUGAAGAGAAACUUCACGAGGGAGGUGGAGGUGGAGGCAGGUGCUUCGUCUCAACAAAACGGCGUCGUCGAGUGGGGCGAGGACUUUCAGAGCCUCUGCACUCUCUCCGCGUACAAGGACAAUGUAUUUCACCCGUGGGAGAUCGCUUUCACUGUCUUCAAUGGAUUAAAUCAACUUCAAGGGCCAAAGAACAAGGUUCCUGUUGUUGGAACAGCUUCAUUGAACCUUGCUGAAUAUGCUUCUGCAGCGGAUCAAAAAGAGUUUGAAUUAAACCUCCCUCUUGCACUCUCUGGCAAUGCUGCCGAGCCUUCUCCUUCACUCAAUAUAUCACUGAGCUUAUUGGAACUCAGAACCGCUCAAGAGACCACAGAGCCAAUGCAGGAAUCGACAGUGCCUGUUCCAUCGCCUACCCGAUCAGGAGAAAUUGUCUCAACCGAAAAGGACGAGCUUUCUGCAAUUAAAGCUGGGCUUAGGAAAGUAAAGAUUUUUACAGAGUAUGUCUCUGCCAGGAAAACGAAAAAGGCCUGCCGAGAGGAAGAGGGCAGUGAUGGCAGGUGCUCUGCCAGGAGUGAGGACAGUGAGUAUAAUUACCCAUUUGACACAGACUCGCUUGAGGAUUUCGAGGAUGGAGAAUCAGAUGAGCGCAAGGAGAAUUCCAGUGUCAGGAAGUCAUUUAGUUAUGGCUCACUGGCACAUGUUAAUUAUGCUGGAGGAUCAUAUUAUUCCAGUACGAGGAUUAACAAUGAGGAUGAGAAUUGGGUUUACUAUAGCAAUCGCAAAUCUGAUGUUGGGUGCUCCAACAUUGAGGAUUCAGUUGCACCAGUGCCUGAGCCAUCUCUAUUGCAAGGUUCAAAGCGCAGCAUACUACCUUGGAGGAAGAGGAAGCUAAGCUUCAGGUCUCCUAAAGCCAAAGGAGAGCCGUUAUUGAAGAAGGCCUAUGGAGAAGAAGGUGGGGACGACAUUGAUUUUGAUCGUAGACAGCUUAGCUCUGAUGAAUCUCCUUCACUUGGGUGGCACAAGACAGAGGAGGAUUCAUUUGCAAAUCGAUCCUCGGUCUCCGAGUUUGGGGAUGACAAUUUUGCUGUAGGCAGUUGGGAGCAGAAACAAGUGACAAGUCGGGAUGGACACAUGAAACUUGAGACCCAAGUUUUCUUUGCUUCCAUUGAUCAGCGGAGUGAGCAGGCAGCAGGUGAGAGUGCAUGUACGGCCCUUGUUGCCGUCAUUGCAGACUGGUUUCAGAACAAUCGUGAUCUUAUGCCCAUAAAAUCCCAAUUUGAUAGUCUCAUAAGAGAAGGCUCGUUAGAGUGGAGAAGCCUUUGUGAGAAUGAAACCUAUAAGGAGCGGUUCCCUGAUAAGCACUUUGAUCUUGACACAGUCAUCCAAGCCAAGAUACGCCCUCUUUCUGUAGUUCCUGGGCAGUCCUUUAUUGGGUUUUUCCAUCCAGAGGAGAUGGAAGAGGGAAGAUUUGACUUUCUGCAUGGUGCCAUGUCCUUUGACAGCAUUUGGGAUGAGAUAAGCUGCACUGGUUUGGAAUGUCCAGGCAAUGGUGAACCUCAGGUUUAUAUUGUCAGCUGGAAUGAUCAUUUUUUCAUCCUCAAAGUUGAGCCGGAAGCUUGUUACAUCAUUGACACAUUGGGGGAGAGGCUGUACGAGGGAUGCAAUCAGGCCUAUAUCUUGAAAUUUGAUCGUAGCACGGUAAUUUACAAAAUGCCAAAUGUUGCAGAGUCACCGGAAGACAAAACAUCCAAUAACCAGCAUCAGAACCAGCUGGCCAACAUGAAGGAAGAGGGUUCUAUAGCAGGGGUGGUAGGAAUUAUGCCCGAGGAACCUAUGAAGAGUGAGGAGGAAGAGGAAGUUGUGUGUCGAGGGAAGGAGUCAUGUAAAGAAUACAUUAAGAGCUUUUUGGCUGCUAUUCCACUAAGGGAAUUACAGGUGGAUAUUAAGAAGGGUCUAAUGACAUCAACACCUCUUCAUCACCGGUUACAGAUUGAGUUCCACUACACCCAAUUCUUACAACCAGAAUCCGAAACUCCAGAGCCCGAAAUGACUGCAGCUACGACACAAAUUGUCGACAUUGAAUUAGCUUCCGCCUCGUAGGACUUACUGUAAAUUGUAGGAGGUGUGACUACUCUUAACUUGUCUUUCUUUAUGGAUUAUGGGAUAUCUUCUCAUGUGAAAAUUGGUUCGAUAAAGAGGAGCCUAUGCGAUCUUUCUUGCGUGGUAUAUUAGAGAUUUGGUUGUCCGUUCAAGUUGGACUGGAAAUGGAGCAGUAUUCAGCUGUGUUAAAUUUA